CAGGCGAUAGAGGAGUGGUACAAGUCCUUACCCAUCGUAACGAGAACAUAUGUCACGAUGGCCUUCUUAACCACGGCGGGUUGCGCUCUGGAGAUCAUUACACCCUUCAAUAUAUAUUUCAAUUCCAAGCUCGUUUUCAAAAAACUACAACUAUGGCGGCUGGUUACAAAUUUCCUCUUCUUCGGCAACCUAGGACUGGACUUCGUGUUCCACAUGUUCUUUCUGAUCAAGUACUGCAAAUCAUUGGAGGAGGGUUCCUUCCGCGGGCGCUCCGCGGAUUUCCUGUGGAUGCUCAUCUUUGGCGGCACCUUGCUGACGUGCAUUGCCCCCUUCGUCAACAUCCAGUUCCUAGGCUCUAGCCUGACGUUCAUGAUGGUGUACGUGUGGGGCCGCCGUCACCAGUAUGUCAAUCUGUCGUUCCUCGGCAUUUUCAACUUCACGGCGCCGUACCUUCCCUGGGUGCUACUGGCCUUCUCCUUGAUGUUGGGGAGCAGCCCUGUGGUGGAUCUGAUGGGCAUGGCGGCAGGUCAUGUGUACUACUUUUUAGAGGACGUCUAUCCACGUAUCAGCGGGCGGCGGCCCCUGAAGACCCCCGCGCUUGUUCGGAUGAUGUUCCCGACGGAAGACAUGAUCGUGGCG